AUGGUGCAAAUCCUCCAGGCAUACACCUCCCAAGACCCCAUCGACUACCAUGAUGCCAUCGUGUCCCUCCACAGCUUCCUCUACGCCCGCAUCAUCAUCUUUCUCCUCGGAACCAUGUGCCCCAGCCUCUCAUUCUCCAAGAACAUCAAUUCACGCUUCGUCUACGCCGAGGCUAUCUUCGAGAGUGUGUUGAUCAGUGCCGGACACUGUACGAAGCCGAGCGCGAUAUUUGCGUUUUUGUUGCUCGUGCAAGCUAUCGGGAAGAUUAGUACGUUUGCUGGGAGGAGGGCCUGGGAGGAGAGGCUGCUAACCUGA